AUGGAGUUCUUUACCCAGAAAGAACAAGCCGGUCAGAGAGGAUACGCAGCGAUACAGACGGAAGCUCCAGAGCGCUGGCGCCAGUGGGUUCACACGAUGCAAGUGACGCUGGAUGCCAAGGACCUCGAUCUGGACUUCUUCUUUCAGCUAUUCGACGAUCACUUUUUUGGUGGCGCGCUGCGAUGCUGGAUGACUGUCAUUUUGAUCGAUCGGCGAUCCCAGUCUCGCCAUUACGGCAAGACAGAUGUGGAUCCCGACCGAGAGGGCCACACGCUCAUAGUCGUAGUAAGACCGGACAGUAACACGACCUGGACCGAGCUCACAAUUCAACACUUCCUGGUCGGGUUAUUACACGAGAUGACACACGUCAUGGGCCUCUGUGGAUGGAGCUGGGACAGGCUGUUGAGAAAGAGGCUAACCGGCCUCUGCUUGGAUUCAAGCAUCAAUAAUGGUUCAUGGGUGUUGGACCAGACGAUGCACCACGCAAGCAGGACCUUGCAUCCAAUGCAAAGCUUGAGAGAAGAAGACAAGCUAGGGGACCGACGAAAAGCUGAGGUCGAUGUGGAAGUGGCUCUGAUGAUUGAAAAGAGGUAUGUGAGCAUCUACGUGAAGAGACUAAUGUUAUUCGAUUAA